CAAAAAAACAAACAAACGAAACAAGAACAUUGGGACAAACACUAAACCUAUUGAUAAAGAAAUAAUUCAGGACGGUUGCCUGGUUAGUGAUUGGCAGGAGAGUCCAGAUCAAGUUAUAGAGAGAGAACUAUUUACUGCAAUCAUCAAGCGGAUGAGAGAACGAGAUACGAUUGAAAUAACGAAUUUGAUUUUUGUUCUGGGAACAAACUCAAGAAAACAAGAAAUUAUAGGAUUCUUGGAUUUGAAUGAUAGAUUAAAGAAUGUGACGUCAAGGUAUGAGUUGACCCCUGACUGGCUGCUACCUACUAGGAUUGAUCUAACCUACUUAAACCUGGCAACAAGAAAGUCUGCAUUCAACAGAACAAAGGAAAUUUUCCCUGGUCCUAUCAAUUCUUCUGGUCUACCAACUUUUCAAAUUCAGGGAAUGCAGGGUACUGUGACAAUUUCUGCAGAAAGUAUUUUUAGUUCUGAUAUGCGGGAUAAGCAGCUACGAAGAGAAGAAUUCACCUACAAGCAACAUCCUAUCUAUGCUAAAAUAAUUUUCUAUGAUGUAAUUCCCUUCAGGAUAAAAUCAGCCUAAAAUAAACUUAAAUGUUUUUGAUAAACGCGAAAACUUCAAAUAUGACUUUGAAAAUUACCAAAGAAUUGAAAUCAAAUUUU